AUGAGAGACACGGAAGAAGAAGAGGAAGAUGACAAGGCAGAGAGUGAGAAUAAGGACGAGACAGAGGAUGGAAACGACGGGGAAACGGGAGACGAGGAAGCUGGCAGCCAGAGUUCGAGCAAGUCAUGGUCAACUGCUCCGAAUACGGCUAAAAGCAAGAAAAUUCUGCGAGACAUUGGAACUGGAAGGGAAAACGCUCCGCGUCCUGGAAUCAAUAAGGAAAUUCCACAACGUCCUAGAAUCAAGAAAGAAAUUCCACAACGUCCUAGAAUAAAUAAGGAACUACCACAACGUCCUAGAAUCAAGAAGGAAAUUCCACAACGUCCUAGCAUGAAUAAGGAAAUCCCACACAUUCCUAGAACGGCGAUUCUAGCAGAAGAAAUGAAGGGUUUGGCGAAACCAAUCCAGUCUGGGGUCGACGGGAAACCGGCCAUUUACGAGCUCUGGAAAUCCGUCGUGGUGGAAAAUAAGGAUAUGGGAAUAGCGACAUUUGACAUCGGGCCACGGCUUCCGACGAAACAAGAGAGGGUUCUCAUGAUCGUGGGACAGACCGGUGCAGGAAAGACAACGAUGAUUAAUAGUCUGGCGAAUUACGUGUAUGGCGUCCAGUGGAAGGACAACUUCCGGUUCAAGAUCAUCACAGAGAAGGGCGACGUGAAAGCGGAUGACAGGGCCCACAGUCAGACAAAAGGGAUCACUGCCUAUUCCUUCAACUGGAAGGAGGGGAUGGCAAUCCCGUACACGCUCACUGUCAUCGACACUCCUGGCUUCGGAGACUCCGAGGGCCUCCACAGGGACGAGGAACUUGUUGUCAAGAUGCGGGAGUUUUUUGACCUGUGCGAACCAUGUGGAUUGAAGAGUGUGAAUGCCGUGGGAAUCGUGCUUCCCGCUUCAACUCCAAGGCUGACGGCCGCCCAGAAGUAUAUAUUUCAUGCCAUCACCCAACUCUUUGCUAUUGACACGAAAGAGAAGUUCGUGCUGCUUGUCAGCUUCUGCGACGGGCAGGAACCAGCGGUUAUCGCCGUCAUUAAGAAAGCCAAGCUGCACUACCAAAAAUAUCACACUUUCAACAACUCCGCCAUGUUCGCUUGCAAUAGAGAUCCCAUACAAAAGUUGUUUUGGGAUAUGGGACUCAGAAGCAUCAAGGCUUUUUUGGAAUCUUUGAACACGAUGGAGCCCGUUGGCCUCGCCAUGACGAAGGAGGUACUUGUUGAAAGACGAUCUCUCACUGAGACCCUGAAAAAAUUGCAGGAGCAAAUCCCAAGAGCUACAUCGAAAAUACAUGGUCUUCAAGAAAAAUGCAGACAGCUCACAGAAGUGAGAGAGGAGGUGGCAAAGGUCGUGGAUGUCGCAGAGAAACGAGUGAAGACUCAUCUUGAACAGGAGAGGGCCAUAAACUGCAACGACUGCAAGAAGACCACUUGCGAAUACCCAGCAACGCAUUUAAAGCAAAAAGACAUCAAAUACAGUAAAUGCAUGAUCCCGAACGAACAGAAGAGGAUUAUAUGUGGUAAAUGCGGCUGCUCCUGGAGGAGUCACUGUCUGGAAGCGAAAAGGUACGAAGUAAAGUCGGUAUACAGGCAUAAGGGUCAAGAAAACGCAGUAGGUGUUACCCAUCAGGUUAAGAGAAAAGUGAAUCUGGAGAAGGAUGUGAAAGCACUUACCACCGACAUCAAGAAAAACCAAGUGGAGUUGUUCGCCCGGAUCCAGCAGGCGCAUAAUAUCACGGUCCGUCUGAAGGAAAUCGCUCUCAACCCGAAUCCCUUGACCCUGGAGGAAUACAUUGAUUUUCUGAUCGAAGCUGAAAAAAUGGACGCCCAAGAUGGGUUUAAGAAGCGGAUCGAGCACUUAGAGCAAGCGAAGAGGGCCUCGACUUUAUGCAGGAAGAUCUUAAAUGAGAAUGGCUCGGCUGAAGCCAUUAUGCCUGACGUCAUGACAAUGCUGGAGAAAGAAAAUAUUGAUUUCGAGACACUGGACGUCGUGGAAACUCCAGUAGUUACAAUUGACCAACCCAGUAGUAUGGUGGAAACGCUCAGGGCUCUCUUCAACUCCAUCGUUAGAAAGAACACGAAGAAGACAAAAUUCGUAACGUGAGGCUCUUAAUUUGGUUUAUUCAGA